CACGACCACACGACACCCACCCCAACGCCCGCAGCCUGCUCACGGCCUGCCUGCUUGCCAUGGCUGCCCGCCGUCGCUGACCCUCUGUCCGUCCGCCCUCUGCGUCGCCUGCCCCGCUGCUCCACUGCCGCUCCACUGCCGCUCCACCGCCGCUCCACCUCCACCACCGCCCACCAUGGCCACGGCUGCCGGCGUUGACAGAGGCACCGGCCAGCGGCUCGGCCAUGCCGUCAUCAUCGUCGCCGGCGUGUGCGCUCUGGUGUCGAGCCUGGUCAGCUUCAUAGCUGUAUGGCUGCAGACCAAGAACUACCGCAAGCCGCUGCUGCAACGAUAUGUCGUGCGCAUCCUGCUCAUGGUGCCCAUCUACGCUGCUGCCUCAUGGGGCAGUCUGAUGUCUGUCCAGGCAGCCUCCUUCAUCGACCCUCUGCGCGACAUCUACGAGGCCUUUACCAUCUACACCUUCCUGCAGCUCCUGAUCAACUUCAUUGGCGGCGAGCGCGCUCUCAUCAUCCUAAUGACCGGCAGAGCCCCCGUAUCGCAUCCCUGGCCCAUGAACUUGGUGCUGCCCAAGCUCGACAUCUCCGAUCCCCACACCUUCCUCGCUGUCAAACGCGGCAUUCUCCAGUACACCUGGGUCAAGCCUUUACUCGCCCUGGCCGGCGUCAUCAUGAAGGCAACCGGCGUCUACAAGGAGGGUUACAUUGACGUCUCUUCUGGCUACUUCUGGGAGAGCUUCAUCUACAACGUUAGCAUCACAGUAUGUCUGUAUGCGCUUGCUAUGUUCUGGGUGUGCAUGACAGACGACCUGAAACCUUUUCGACCCAUGCCCAAGUUCUUGUGCAUCAAGGGCAUCAUCUUUGCAUCCUACUGGCAGGGCCUCUUUCUCUCCAUCCUCGUGUACCUGGGCGCCAUCCCGAACGACGUACCGGGCUACAGCGUCGACAAUCUCGCUACCGCCAUCCAAGAUGCCCUCAUCUGUUUCGAAAUGCCACUCUUCGCACUGGCCCAUUGGUACGCUUUCUCGUGGCACGACUAUGCCGACAACACCAUCUCAGCUGCCCGUCUACCCGUCAAGUAUGCUUUACGUGAUGCUUUCGGGCCUCUGGAUCUUAUCCAGGAUACCAAAGACACCUUUGCCGGCAAAAAGUACGACUACCGCCACUUCGAUGCGCGAGAUAACGUCCUGGCUCACGAAGAGUCAUCAUCUCGUGCCGCGCGUAUGAAGGAGGGCAUGAGGUACGAGAGAAACGGCAAGGGCAAGUAUUGGAUACCGAAGCCGGGCCAAGCAUCCGAGCAUGAACCGCUUCUGAACAAGGUUUCCCAUGGUCGAGCCCGCGCCAUGAGUCCUGGUCCGCGCCGUGCGCUAGAGAGCAGCAAUUACGGCACCCGAGAAGAAUUUGACGAGCCAACGCUGGAGCCUGAAGAUGAAAGACUUUUCGACAAUGCACGUGCGUUGGAGUAUGGCGACUGGAAUUACCCAGUCAUCGAGGCCCAUCGUGCUAGGCGCGAGGACCGCUUCACAACAGAACCUCCUAUCAUCACUGCUUCAACCAACAGAAACUUCCUUCAACCUACCGCCGACAAUAAACGAAGACGGAAGAGCCAGAUCAAGAAGAUUCAAGACGACAAAGGUAAGCACGACAAAGGCAAACAACGGAGUGACUCUUCCAGCAAUGGCCACUCGCGAGUUCCUGUAGUCGGCAACUUGCUACGCCAAAAGUCUUCGUCCGCUUCAUCUACGAAGUCUGAUAAGAGCCAACUUGUCGACCUCGUGGUCGAGGAUCACGAUGCCGAGGAGGUCGACCGCAUCCGUGCACGCAAGGAAGGCGGCCCUGCCUGGAAUGAAGUGGAGAACAAGCACUUUGUGCACACGUACCCUCAAGAUGGCCAAGCUGAGGAGGUUCGCGAGGGCUUCGAACCUGACGUCCCUGAAGCGCACAAUCCUGAGCGCGUUCACAACCUGGAUUAUCCAUUCCGGGUAGGUAGCGAUGAAGAGGAUGGGGACAAGGACUUUAAGCCCCCUGUUAACGAGCAAGCCGAGCGUUGGGAAACCCGCGACUACAGUAACACUGAUGAUGCCUCGGACGCCGCGAACAGACCCCACCAAGACCGACCUAGUCCCAAUUACGGUAGCUUCAGAGAAGAGCGCAAUGUCUGGGGUCAAGACUGAGGUUAGGCGUGCUGUUCAUAUUACGAAUGCUUGUUUCGUCAAUUUGCAUGUAUACUGUGUUUGCAACAUGCGUUUGUGGGCAGUUAUAUACCCUUACUUUGUACAUGUUGGAGUUGGUCUGUCUUCUGCUGUCGAUAUUAUGGCGUCGUAGCGAUGAAAAUUACCGUUCAAUGAAAUUCGCAUGCCAGCUAGCAAUUUACAAGUCGAG